CAAAGGCUUUGAGCCCAGGACGCCCCUCUCUCUCUCUCACUCUGCCUACAAAGCCAACCCGGCUCUAUCUAUACUGCUUUUCUAUCAUGGAAAUGUUUUCUAAUAGGCGCCGUUAAGAGUGUUGGUUUUAUUUUGUACCUUCUUAUUCUAAAAUGUACGACCGUCUGGAUCCCCGCUCGGCCGAGAGAGGAAGGCUUUUUGUAGGUAGAAUACAAGGAAGCGUCGUCUGAGCGAAGGGAGCGAGAGGGGGAAGGAUUUGACGCUUUUCCUCCUCUCCUCCUCCUUCUUCCUUUCGCCCCCCUCGCCUCCUCUUUUUGGCGGAGUGAGAAGUUGAGGCAGGAAUAAACGCUGUUUUUGUUUUUCCCUUUUUUAAUACAUUUGAAUCCUACUGCGCAACGAGACGGGAUCACGUGGGGUUGGAGAGAGUUGGAUCGAUUUUGUUCAAUGAGAGAAAAAGAGGAACAAACAACUCCUAUUUCUUUUUUCCCCCGACUUCUGUGGAUAACUGGUACUGUUGAUACUUUUGCAUAAUUGCAAGAGAAGGGGAGUGGGUUCUUUUUUUUUCAGCCUUGGAGGUGUGGAGUAUUAAUUCUUAUAUGCCUGGGGUUUAAAAAACAAUGGAGACGCACAUUUCGUGCCUCUUCCCGGAAAUUUUGGCCAUGAUUUUCAGCUAUCUGGAUGUGAGGGACAAAGGCAGGGUAGCCCAAGUGUGCAUCGCUUGGAGGGACGCAUCCUACCACAAGUCCGUGUGGAGGGGGGUGGAGGCCAAGCUGCACCUCCGCCGGGCCAAUCCCUCCCUGUUCCCCAGCCUCCAGGCCAGGGGCAUCCGGCGGGUCCAGAUCCUGUCCUUGCGUCGCAGCUUGAGCUAUGUGAUCCAGGGGAUGCCAAACAUCGAGUCCCUCAAUCUGUCCGGCUGCUACAACCUCACGGAUAACGGGCUGGGUCAUGCAUUUGUUCAGGAGAUCCCAUCGCUGAGGGUGCUGAACCUGAGUCUGUGCAAGCAGAUCACAGACUCCAGUCUCGGCAGGAUAGCUCAGUAUCUGAAGAACCUGGAGGUGCUGGAGCUCGGCGGCUGCAGCAACAUCACCAACACUGGGCUCCUGUUGAUCGCCUGGGGCCUCCACAGACUCAAGAGCCUCAAUCUUCGGUCCUGCAGGCACAUCUCGGACGUGGGAAUCGGACACUUGGCGGGCAUGACCCGCAGCGCGGCGGAGGGCUGUCUGAACCUGGAGUACCUGACUCUCCAGGACUGUCAGAAACUGACGGACCUGUCACUCAAACACAUUUCCAAGGGGCUGACCAAGCUCCGGGUGCUGAACCUGAGCUUCUGCGGGGGCAUCUCAGAUGCAGGGAUGAUCCACCUCUCCCACAUGGCCUCCCUGUGGAGUCUGAACCUCCGCUCCUGCGACAACAUCAGCGACACGGGGACCAUGCACCUCGCCAUGGGCACCCUGAGGCUCUCCGGGCUCGACGUUUCCUUCUGCGAUAAGAUCGGGGACCAGACCCUGGCGUACAUCGCCCAGGGGCUGUACCAGCUCAAGUCCCUGUCCCUGUGCUCGUGUCACAUCUCUGACGACGGGAUAAACCGGAUGGUGAGGCAGAUGCACGAGCUGAGGACCCUGAACAUCGGACAGUGUGUGCGCAUCACGGACAAAGGGCUGGAGCUCAUCGCCGACCACCUGACCCAGCUGGCGGGCAUCGACCUGUAUGGAUGUACCAAGAUCACCAAGAGGGGACUGGAGAGGAUCACGCAGCUCCCCUGCCUUAAAGUGUUGAACCUGGGACUCUGGCAGAUGACAGAGAGUGAGAAAGUGAGGUGAUUGGGAAUGUUUUGGUUCUUUCUGGUUUUUUUUGGAUGGGGACAGAGGAGCAGGAGGAGGGGCAUUAGAUGGGCUGGUAAACUUCUGUUCUUAUUUAAAUAGAGAAAGAGAGAAAACCUUUCUGUUCCCUUCUGUGAGGUUGUUUAAGGUGUGCUUCUCCCGUGUGACCAAUAUUUUGCGUUCAAAUGUUUUAUUUUGUUCUCUCUGUUGGCCUUGCAGGAUUUCAAUUAGUGUUUUUUAUGACUUCAUGUUCUGCCUGGUCGGACGCAAUUAAAACUUACUUUUGCUACGAGCUCAUGAAAAUCCCUGUUAACAAUUGCUUUGAUCUCGUGUUGAGUUUUAAUAUCGCCGAAAUCCUGACAUCAAAUUGGAAUAACCUGCAAUGCUUGUUUCAAACAAACAUAUAUAUAUAUAAUCAUUUGAAUAAUCUGCUGUCUGGCCCUUUCUUCCAGAAAACUAUUGACGUGAAACUUUCAUCCAUCCAAAGUUGCAUCCAUCUUUUAGUGUUAAAGCAAAGUGAGGUCUGAGAACUUUUUUUUUGUUAACAGCGAGACAUUUACAACUAAUCUCUGCUACAGCCAUCACGCCUAAAACAUUUGGCUACCUCGUAUGUGGUUGUUUUCAAAGGGUGUAUGCUGUUAAAAGAAAAACAGAAGGAAAGCGAGAAUGAGAGACUGGGAGAAAAUGUGCCUAAAGGGACUGUGUCUGCCCCCUCCCCCCAUCCCUCCCUCCAUGAGCAGAGCUGGAGAAAGGAGACCAGGACACAAUCUAACUACCUUUGUUAAUUUACCCCCAUAAACAGCAACAAUUUCCGAGAGAGAGAUAGAGAAGGGACAGCAAGCUGUAAAAUCUAUUCAGAUUUUAACGACGACGCUUUAUGCAACAAAAAAAAGAGCAAAAAAAACAAAAAGAUGAAUCCGCUUGUGUGCGAGAGCUUUUUUUACUAUUAUUUGUUUCUUUUCCUCAUUCUUAGGGUAUAAAGUCCGACUCACACGCCCGUUAGAGAAGUGUUGUGUUCAAGCUUUGGCCGAUAUAAAAAGGAGGCAAGAUUAUCAGCUUUUCCUUGGAAUGAAUACCCAUACAAUAGAUAAUAAAGAAAUAUUAGUGCUAUAAUAGAUACAAAUAGGAUCGAGGUGUUAUUAAACACAAUAUACAUCCAUGUAGGUAUGUCAUGGGAGCAUUUGGUAUUUUUUCUAAGGGAUGCCGGUGGAAAUAAAUGUCGGUGGAUGUUGGUCAGAGUGCCGUACUUCAAAUUGAAGUGAUUUCUAUAUCUUAUAACCUUUAUUGAUCGAAACAAAUCAGGGUUCGUCUCAUGGCUUUAUUUUCCCACGUUAAUGGCAACACAGGUCGCAUUCAUAUUCAUGUUGCUCUCACCGGUGAGAGAGAGAGAAAGAGGAGGGUAAGAAUAUCCUUUUCCCCUCCCUUUUCUCCAUUCCUCCCCGAAUAAAAAUACCCCUGAUCCAUUUUGAGCCAUGCUUAGAAUAAGGAGCGAAUCGAUUUUUUUUUCUUUCUCUCUCUCCGUGUCGGGUUACAAGCGGACUGCGUCUCUUUACCUCCCCAUCUCUCUUUUUCUUUCACACACAUUAACACACACACACACACGUGCACACGCGGAGGCCUGUGUGUGCCCGUUUUAAUGUAAUGCAAUGACCUGCUAGAAAAAUUAAUAUACGGAUGUGCGUCCUGCUGAAAAAGCUGUGUGUUUGACAAAUAAAAAAGGUGUACUGUA